CUCACGGCUCCUCUCUCCCGCAGACGUUCAUCUUCACCGACGGAGACGACCCCGAGCUCCAGCUGCUGGGAGCAGGCGGCCGCGUCGUCAACACCAACUGCUCGGCCCUGCGAACCCGCCAGGCGCUCUGCUGCAAGAUGUCCGUGGAGUACGACAAGUUCAUCGAGUCAGGUCGCAAGUGGUUCUGCCACGUGGAUGAUGACAACUACGUGAACCCCGAGGGCUUGCUGCAUUUGCUGUCCGCCUUCUCUCCCAGCCAGGACGUCUACCUGGGCAGGCCCAGCCUGGACCACCCCAUCGAGGCCACCGAGAGGGUUCCUGGAGGCGGCACUGUGACCACAGGCAAGUUCUGGUUUGCCACUGGUGGGGCCGGGUUUUGCCUGAGCAGGGGCCUUGCUCUCAAGAUGAGCCCGUGGGCCAGCUUGGGCAGCUUCAUGAGCACUGCUGAGCGGGUGCGGCUGCCGGAUGACUGCACCGUGGGCUAUAUCGUGGAGGGGCUGCUGGGUGCUCGCCUGCUGCACAGCUCCCUCUUCCACUCCCACCUGGAGAACCUGCAGAGGCUGCCUCCCGAGGCCGUGCUCCAGCAGGUCACCCUAAGCUAUGGGGGUCCCGAGAACCCACACAACGUGGUGAAUGUGGCUGGAGGCUUCAGUCUGCAGCAAGACCCCACACGGUUUAAGUCUGUGCACUGUCUGCUGUACCCAGACACGGACUGGUGUCCCAUGCAGAGGAGGGGUGACCUCAGCUCUCGGUGACUGAGGACUCCUGGUGGCCACCCCCAGGGGGGCCUGGUUGGCUUCCUCUUGCCACCAGUACAGGUGCUGGGCAGAUGCUCUGCCGGCCUCCCGCAACCUCUCCGCAGUCUCAGGGGCCAGGUGCUCGGGUGAGCGAGGACCACCAAGUCCCGUGCUCUGGCUGCCCAGGGGUGGAAGGAGGAGUGAUGGGAGGACGGUGGUGCUGCUGGGCCCACAGGCACCUCCCCAGCCCAGCCCGAGCAUCACGCCUGCAGGGAGGGGCCUCUGCCCAGCAUCUGGACACCCAGGCUCCCAGGCUAUGGCCUCCCUGCUCACCUGCAGAAGGGCCAGGCAGGCAGGAUGCUCAGGAGUGGACUCCAGGAGGACUGUGGGCCAGUGAGGGGGCUUUUCCUGUAGGCCUCAUGGGCACCCUCCCCACACAGACCGCUCGGUAGGGCCUGGGGCCAGCAUCAGGGCAUGUUCCCCGUAAAGCUGCACUUGCAGCCAAGAGCCUCCAGGGCUAGCCUCCCCUGGGGCCCUCAGGAUGCCCUUCCCCAUUCUGCUGGACACUCAGGUCUUCCCCACGGAGCUCUGUCCUUCCCGCCCUGGCCAGGGUUCCUAAUGCAGCCACAGUCAGGGAGCUGGGGAACUGCCCCUUCCCUGCAUCGCGAGUGCAGCCUCCCGUCACGCUCAUUUGGGCUCCUAUUUCAGUGGACACCCGCAGGUGGCAGCUCGGCCCUGCAGUCCUCCCCACAGCCACCCUCCUGCCCAGCUCGGCUCCCUUCAGGCUCUGAGAGCUUUUCAGGCCUGGUCCCAGGCGCUCUAGCUGCCCUCUCAGCGUGUCUCGAAGCAGUUGCCUUGUGUGCGUAUGCACAGGUGUGCACUCCCAUGUGCGGGCGGCUGAGAACGGGUGGCCCCCGGUGGGCAGGUGUGGACGUGUGCAGAAGGUGUACACUCGCUAGCCGUGGCUCAGCUUAGGUUCUUACGUGGGGUGAAAGCACGUGCCCCGUGCUGGGAGCCUGCCUUACGGUUGGAACACCGUCCUUUCCCACCGACAACCUGCGACCCGCCCCGGACCUGGGCCACGAUGCCACAGCUCAGGCAGCUGUGGGAUCUGAUGGGCACCUGGGCUCCUAGCUGCGCUGCCAAGCCAGGGUGCUGGCCCAUGUGUUGCAUUAAAUGCUUUUUCCACUGGGGACAUUUACACCUUGCGAUGGGUUCCUGGGACCCAGCCCCUGUGCGUUGGAGCAGCUGUGUGAAAGGCAGGGAGCCACACCGUGUGGCCAGGUCAGAGUCGGGGAGCAGAGCAAGGCACACCCCAGGACAUCUGGGUCAAGGGUCACCAGCCUCGGGAGCCAGGAGCAGUGGCACACACCAGUAAUUCCAGUGGCUCAGGAGGCUGAGGCAGGAGGAUGGUGAGUUCAAAGCCAGCCUCAGCAACUUAGUGAAGGCUUCAGCAACUCAGCGAGACCCUGUUACUAAAUAUAUUUCUAAGGGGGAGGGAGGGGCUACUGGGGGUGUGGCUCAGUGGUUAAGCACCCCUGGGUUCAAUCCCCAAUACCAAAAGAAAAAAAGUUGCCAGCAAGCCUGAGAACAGUAAGUUCUGAAGUCGCCCGGACAGCGGUUCCACAAGAGGGCGGCCCUGUGUCCCACGUCCAUCUGCUUUGGCUGCUGGAGUGGAGGUGUGGCCAGCUGGCACUUGCUUCCCCACAGUGGAUUGGGUGGCCCCUUCUUCCACCCUCACAUGAGGAUCUCUACCCGCAGCCUCCCCACAGCCACGUCCUUGGGCUAGGGACGUGCUCAGGCCACCAGAACAGCGACUCCCAGGUGUGGGCCACUGUCCCGCACACAUGGACUCCCGGCGUCUUCACAGCCAGGUGUUCUCCACUGUGAGUUCAGCUGCUGGCGGGGAGGGGACCUGUCCACGGAGGGCUCUCUGGAGGUGGGGCCCGGAGGUGUGUGACUGCUGAGCUACCAGCCCUUUCUACUUUAUUUCAGGAUGGGGUUUUGCUAAGUUGCUUAGGGCCUCCUUAAGUUGAUGAGGCUGGCCUCAAACUCUUGAACAUCCUGCCUCAGCCCCUCAGCCACCACACCUGGCUUCUCUCCUUUUCUGAUCCUCGUUGAGGCUGCUCCUGAGGUCUUGCAGCCUCUCUUCUGAGUGACUAGGCCCACCAGAGUUAUGGUCAGACUUUUCUAACUGGUAAUUUUGUACUUUAAUCCAAAAAGCUGUUCCCAGGCAAAGCCAGUCCUGCAACUCACAAUUUGGGAGAAGACUGGCCACCCCAGACUCGGGCCCUUCCAUGUGGAUCGCUCAGACUGCAGAGCAACCACUGCUGGGAGGAGUGGAAGGGCCCAGAGGUGACCCACAGCUCAGGAGCAGGAGGGACCUAGAGAUGGCAGCUGGGGCCCCAGGAGCCGCACAGCAUGAGAGGCUAGGGCCCAGACGUGGUGACACCCUAGGCAGCCUCCACACAAGUCACACGGGCUGGGGUGUCUGGCAGGUUACAGGAAGUGGCCAUGCCUUGUCAGUGCCUCCCCUCCUGUCCAGCCUGGAGUGGUAAGCCCCGAGACCCUGAGGCCCCUCGCACCUUGCCAGCUCUUGCCAGGGGGGCCCAGGAGAGGAGCGGCCAGGCCAGACCUCCCUCUCCAGAGCAGCCCACGGCCCAGAAGCCCCUGCGAGGCCCCAGCUCCCGUGCCCUCCAAAGGAAGCUGUGUCCCCCCGGGUAGCUGCUGCACCUGCCUUCCAGAGAGAAGGAGACCACCAGGGUGUGCAGCUUAGUCCACCUCUGAAAGAGGAAGUGGGUGAAACACUGGCUCUCUUUGGUGUCUUGUAUUUCACAAACUGCCUACAGUGGACAUGUAGUAGAUAUAUAGAAAAAGUAGAAAAGAAGUGGAACAUUAUUGACUAACAUUAAAAAUUGUUGGGCUGGGGACGUAGCUCAGUA